AAAAAAAUUGUUUGUAUUUGUAAAUUGUCUUUGAACUUAACGAAGUAACAAUUUAAACUAAUGGAUUUUAAUAAAUUUUUUUGCUUAAUUUUUAAUAUUGUGUUUAUACCACAUCUGAUUGGUGCAAAUAUUUAUGGACAAGUAAUGGAACCAAUAUCGAAUUCCAUAGACCGAAAAUGGGACGUAAAUAUGGAACAUAAAUACUUCAAGGGAAAUAAACCAAACAAAUACUCUGCCUACAACGGUGGAAGUAGCCGACCACUAAUAGCGGGCGAGGGUGCUAUAGAUGCUAAAACGAUAGAUUAUCCUUAUGUGGUUCAAGUGUUCCAACGCUCGAUGGCUAGUAACCGCCGACAAGUAUGGAGGUUUAGAUGUACUGGAGCGAUACUCGAUCGUAAGGUGAUAAUUGUUUCUGGAUUUUGUAUUGGAAACUCACCAUAUAAAAUAAGCUUAGAAAGAGGAAGUAAUUUUGCGAUUCUUGCUGGGGAAGAUUACCAUGAUCGCCCAAGGAGUGACCUGGAUUCCAGAUAUAAAAGAGUAGAAAGUUUUACUAUGCAUCCUUUAAGCAAAAUAUUGAAUGGAACUACUGGAAUGGAAUAUGAUAUUGCUUUAUUGAAGCUAAGUGAAGAACUAAAUUUUGAAGAAUCGGAAGGAAAAAUUGGAAAAAUUACAAUUUGUAGAAGAGAUGGAGAGUAUUGGGCAAAUGUAUGGAAUGAAGGGGUUCCUGGAUUGGUGGUUGGAUGGGGUUGGAAAACUGGAAGGCGUUGCUGUGAAGUUGCUGACACACUAAAAGUAAUGCAUCAAGAAAUAAUAACAAAUUAUCAAUGCCAAAAAAGACUUGAUGAAAGAAUAAAAUUACAUACGCCACCAAAAGUACCCCAUUGUUUGAUAUUUUGUUCGGACGAUUAUAAUGACGAUAAUAAGGCAUAUCUGUGUAAAACGGACACUGGCGUAUUGUAUAUAAUUAAUGGCACAUUAUAUGGAAUUGCAGCAUGGUUUCAAGAAGAGUGUCCAGAUUGGAAUCUCAAGAAUCCGAAGACAGAUAUGAGUCGAUAUGAGCAACCGACCCGUAUUGUAAUGUACAAUAAACUUUCAAGUUUCGGCUUAUAUGAUUGGAUCAUUGACACGACAAAAAAACUUAUGGAUGGUGUACCAGUAGAGAAUAUUCAAUUUGACAUUCCUCGUAUUGAAUAUGAAUAA